AUUAUAAUCAAUUAUAUUAACAAUUGCGCAUGCGUUGAAACUGGUGUAUUAUAAACUCCGCGCCAAAAACUGAAACCUUCGUUUAGAUUCGUAUUUGUAUGUUAAUUGUAUAAGCGUAAAUUAUUGGUGAAUUUUUUAAUAGAAAAUAAUUUUUUGUUGGGUGCUGUAGAAAUAUUGUAAUUGUAUUAUUUGUGCAUGGAGGGUUUGAAAUGUCUCAACACGGUGCUGCUUUGCAAACUUAUAAUCAAGAACUUGUAAAGUGUUUAGAAGAGAUGAAAUUGAGGCGUACAGAGUUACAAGCGGAAAUUGAAUCUCAGGAAGAAGAAAAGAAUCAUUUGCAAAGAGAAAUAGAAAAGUUGUCUUAUAAAUUAACACGCCUAAAUGAUAGUUUAACUAAAAAGAUAGCAGUCAGAAAUGAAUAUGAUAGAACUAUUACAGAUACAGAAACAGCAUAUGUAAAGAUUUUGGAAAGUUCACAACUUUUGUUAAAUAUGAUCAAGAGAGAAGCUACAAAUUUAGACCAAACAUUAGUUAAAGCUAACAUGGACAAGCAACAGUGUUAAUGAUAAAUGUAAAAUAAAAAUUAAACAAAAUGGAGAACACUGUGUUUAUAAAUUUACAAAAUAUAUUUAUUGAACUUGUAACUAUAAAUAGAGACAAAUCUACAGAUAUCAGUGCAGCAAGUACAAAAUUGUAAAUAUCUAAAAAAUUUACAACUUGUUCUUUAAAAUCCUUAUAUUUAUGUGAUAGAAUAUUUUAUUUUUUUAUAAUCUAUAAUCUAUAAUCUUAUGUUGCAGUUGUAUUUUCAUUUUUUAUGUAAGGAUGAUAUCAAAUAAUUUACUUUUGUUAAUAAAGUUUGUGUGAGAUAAUA